CCCAGUCACUCAAGUACCUGAGCGUAGAAAGCAUCAUCAUGACUAGUGACGACCAGUUUUUCUUCGACUAUCUUGCUUCGAUACCGCAUGACGUAAGGAGAUACUCGCUCCAAGUCGCCGAGUCGAUCGACCGACAAGUGGACCACGCCGCCAACGCACUCCGAGAUACCCUCUCCAGCCAGUCAUGGCUACCUACUUCAGUUCGACCCAUAUCCAGAAGCCGACCUAGCGCCCCCAUACCACAAAGCUUCUUUGAUCGCGUGCAUGGCUGGGCCCUGCGCAAUCGAGCAUGGAGCGCCGCACUCAUCGCCUUCCUAGGCACCAGUUGCGUGCUGUAUUACGGGAACAAGAAGCUGAGCGGAAAGCGACGGAGAGCAAGGAGAGCUGGAAAUGGAGCCCGAAAGGAAAUAGUGGUCGUCGCGGGGUCGCCUCAUGAGCCGAUGACUAGAGCGAUCGCCUCCGAUCUGGAACGUCGAGGAUACAUCGUCUACGUGACGGUCUCAUCCGCAGAAGAGGAACAUAUCAUACAGUCGGAAAACAGGGCAGACAUCAGGGCCCUUUGGCUGGACCUUUCAGCUACAACCUCUUCUCCAUCUGAAAUUCACCCCUCUCUAAACGAGAUAUACUCUCUCAUUUCUCAACCCCAGUCGCCCAUGCCCGGUGUGCCACCGCACACCUGCCAGCUAAGCGGCCUCAUCCUCGUGCCGUCGCCGAACUACGCCUCCGGGCCCGUGGCUACAAUCCCACCAUCCUCCUGGAUCGACACAGUUAACACGCGCCUCCUCUCUCCCAUCCUGACAACCCAGCUCUUCCUCCCUCUCCUCACCCUCCGCAACACCAACAGUACUAUCGUCCUCGCCUACCCAUCCAUCUCCUCAUCCCUCUCCGCUCCCUUCACCGGCCCCGAAGUCGCAACCACCCGCGCACUGUCAGGGUUCGCAACGUCCCUGCGCAGAGAACUUAGCCUCCUUCAACAAAACAACAUCGACGUCGUGGAGCUAAAGCUUGGCAACAUCGACUUGGGCCCACAAUACCGCAGCGCGCAGAGCCACAUUACCGGCACGGAAGUUCUUGCCUGGAGUGUCCAACAGCGAUCCCUCUACGCCUCACAGUACCUCAACAGCAUCGAACAGCGACCCGUCGCGUCCGCAGGCCCCAGCACAAUCCGCGGCUCUCCAGCCCGGACGCUGCACUACGCCAUCCUGGACGCACUGGACCAGCCAUCGAAGGACAUCUUUGGCAGAAAAGUAGCCAAGAAGCCGGUCAUCUACGUCGGUCGAGGAGCACGGUCUUACCACUUGAUCGGCGAGUGGGUUCCUGCCGGUCUGGUGGGGUGGAUGCUGGGGCUGCGGACUGGGCCCCUGUCUCCAGGGGAGAGUAUAAGUGGGGGAAGUAGUGAGACAAGCUGGGAAAAGGUCUAAUAGGGUCAUAAUAAUUGGGCGUUUGGUUGUGUCACGAUAUCAUAUCUCCUCUUUUCCUAAACGGAUCAUAUUGCAUGAAUCUUCUCUUUUUCUCUCAUCAUAUCACAUAUCAU